AUGCACAUCAAAGUUUGCCUCAGCGGGCUUGCUGUCUUCGCGGCAGCUCCAAGCGUCCUGGCCAGAUUUCUGGCAGGGCUGCCCCAAGAAACUCCUCCGGCUCACGCGAUGCUCGAAGAGAGACAGGCGACAGUCACUCAGCAGCCGACGGCAAGCACGCUCUCGCCCGACCCUUGGGAGUGUAUCACGGAGAACAUCACCCAGUAUUUCGACCCGCCUAAGCCUUCCGGCUCGGUUCUGAGCGAGAUCAACUCGUACGGCGACAAGAUCAUCGAACCUUGCAUGGCUACAGCCACUGGCUUGGACCAGUUCUACUGCACAGUCUCGGAUCCGCAGUCUUGGUGCGGAUUUUCGACUGCUGCUCCCCAGGCUGUGAUGAGCAGCUAUCUGGCCUUUGUCUCGCAGGCUGUCUCCUUCUAUACAGAGAAGAGCUCAAAGAUGUCCAUCUUGUCUACCAGCUGCGCCAGUGCCUGGGCCAGGUUCGAUCCAGCCGAGCGGGAGUGGGUGAAGAUUGCCACAGCGCACGCCUCGUGCUACCUCGCAAACCAUUCAAACGCUGGAAGUACGACAGCAGUGGCUACGGCAUCCUCAAAUGCGACAUCUUCUUCGUCUACGUCAACUUCCAGCAAGGCGCCAGCUACCACCAACGGAGCAGUCGCGCGCGGUCUCGAGGCUUUUGCGAUUGUGAGCACGGGACUUGCUGUUUUUGUCAACGCGGCAUGA